GCCUGGGCGCCUCCCGCGGCGGAGGGCUCGCGGCUCGCGGCGAGGCGCGUCCAUGGAGGAGCCCGACUACUUCGGGGGCAGCGCGGCGGAGUGGGGGGACGACGCCGACGGAGGGGCGCAAGAUGAUGAAUAUGGAGAAGAAGAUGAUGCUGAAGUCCAGCAGGAGUGUUUGCACAAAUUUUCCACCCGAGAUUAUAUCAUGGAGCCAUCCAUCUUUAAUACCUUAAAGAGGUAUUUCCAAGCAGGUGGCUCUCCAGAGAAUGUGAUCCAACUGCUAUCAGAGAACUACACUGCUGUAGCUCAGACGGUCAAUUUGUUGGCUGAGUGGCUCAUUCAAACAGGUGUUGAGCCAAUUCAAGUUCAGGAGACGGUGGAAAACCACUUAAAAAGCUUGCUCAUUAAACACUUUGAUCCUCGAAAAGCAGAUUCCAUUUUCACAGAGGAAGGAGAGACUCCAGCAUGGCUUGAGCAAAUGAUAGCACACACAACAUGGCGGGACCUUUUCUACAAAUUGGCGGAAGCUCAUCCAGACUGUCUCAUGCUGAACUUUACUGUCAAGCUUAUUUCUGAUGCUGGAUAUCAAGGGGAAAUAACCAGUGUAUCAACAGCAUGCCAGCAACUAGAAGUCUUUUCUCGAGUGCUACGUACCUCUUUGGCUACCAUUUUAGAUGGCGGGGCAGAAAACCUGGAGAAGAAUCUACCUGAGUUUGCUAAAAUGGUGUGCCACGGUGAACACACGUAUCUCUUUGCCCAGGCUAUAAUGUCCAUAUUAUCCCAGGAAGAGCAAGGGGGGUCUGCUGUGCGCAGGAUUGCUCAGGAGGUUCAGCGGUUUGCUCAUGAGAAAGGCCACGAUGCCAGUCAGAUCACGUUAGCCCUGGGAACUGCUGCAUCCUACCCACGCGCCUGCCAAGCCCUCGGUGCCAUGCUGUCAAAAGGAGCGCUGAACCCAGCAGAUAUCACAGUCCUCUUCAAAAUGUUCACAAGCAUGGACCCUCCCCCAGUGGAACUGAUUAGAGUUCCUGCUUUUCUUGAUCUCUUCAUGCUGUCACUAUUCAAGCCAGGGGCGAAGAUCAAUCAGGACCAUAAACACAAAUAUAUCCAUAUUUUGGCAUAUGCAGCUAGCGUUGUGGAAACAUGGAAAAAGAACAAGAGAGUAAGCAUCAAUAAAGAUGAGCUCAAGUCCACUUCAAAAGCAGUUGAAACUGUUCACAAUCUCUGCUGCAAUGAGAAUAAAGGUGCUUCUGAACUAGUAGCAGAACUGAGUACUCUGUACCAGUGCAUCAGGUAACAAGUAGUAG